UUUCUGCUCGACCCCUCAGUCUAAUCACUGUUAUUUAUAACUGUGUAUUUAAGUAAGGCUGCCCGUCGAGCUCGAUCAAGCCAGCAUGCUACCUACUACUGACUUCUUGUUGAUCGCACCAUGGUCACUACAUCUGAGCUAGCUCGUCCUUGGGCCGACGGGCCCUGGCCCCUGAUCGAGACCCCUUCAAAGACCCGGAAUGUUUCAGAACAUCCUGCCGUCUACAUCGCGAACGAAAUGGCCUGUGCCCACAACAGCAUGCUGAGAGGCUUGAACAGCAUCUACCUUCAAGCAUCGUCCGUCCAAGAGCCCCAGGAUGUCUCAGACUUUCUCUUCUUCAUUCACGCGUGGGCCGGCUGGGUAUCGCAUCAUCACGUCCUCGAAGAGGAGAAGAUGUUCCCGGGAUUUGAAAAAGUCAUCGGUGUUCCCAACUUCCUUGAAACCAACGUGGAGCAACAUCACUCCUUCCAGCCUCUGUUGAAGAAGCUCUUGGAGUACAGCAGCACGACACAGCCGGCAAAAUACCAAGCGUCUGUGGUCCGGCAGUUGAUUGAAGAGAUGGCACCCAGUUUCCGCCAGCAUCUGAGCGAUGAAAUCUCAAGUUUGCUUUCUAUGGAACCGUAUGACGGGGACGCAUUGCUGAAAGUCUAUAAGGAAUGCGAGGCCGAUGCAGGCAAGCAGGACAAGCAUGUGGUGCCUCCGAUGGUGCUGGGGCUUCGUGACAUCACUUUUGAAGGAGGCAAUCAGUGGCCUACCAUGCCACCGCUGUCGGCAUGGAUUGUUUACCUCUUCUUUUCUGGCAAGCAUGCGGGAUCAUGGCGUUUUCUGCCGUGUGAUACAUGGGGGAACCCACGCGCAUUGAAGUUUGUGAAGGAGGACGCUUGAUGAAAGUGUAGCGACUGAGUACGAAGCGCUAGUAGAUAGCUAAUGAUUUGAAAAUGUUUUCCAAUGCACAAGUGAAGCAUAUUCCGUUUUGUGCUGCUCCCCCCGCCGUCUGCGGUCAGCAACGCCGAAAUGGUCCAUGG